GUUGCCAUUGUAUUCCCGAAACUUAGAUGGUUUAAUUCAUUACAUUCUCCUUGUUUACAACCCUUCCCCCAUUUUACUGCCCGCUCGCUUUUGAGAAAGAAAUGGAGGACUUCCCGAUCCAUAUUACAACCGAUAGGGGGUGGGUUCUUUGGGAUCAGUCUGCUUUGAGAUUCCUGCAAUUCCAUUGAAUUUACUGAUCUUUUGUCGACUUUACAACCUCACAAAAACAGUGUUAGCAACUGGAUGUUUGAUAGUAAGCCUCGAUAUACUGUCGUGUGGAAAGCAUGCGCGGUGUGUGAGAUCCGUAGCUUCGCUGCAAGGUCGACAGACUGUUCGAGAUAUAAAAGGCGCCAUUAAAGCUCAAAUUCCGGGGUUGUAAGCAUAACAACAAGCAUAAUGCAGCCUAAAUUAAUACUUAGAAGCACGCGCAAAUGAGUCAACAUUGCGUUAAAUCGUCUCUUCUUUUCCACUUCAGUAUUAGCAUCGUAGUCUCCCUCACAGUCCGUAGGUACGAGACCGUGCAUUGUGUAUUCCUGCGCAGAGGGGUUGUGCUUUUUGGAGGGAGGAGGGGGUAUGGAGCGUAAACCGAAACGCAAAAUAUUUACGAAGAUCCCUGAGGUACAUGAAACUCGAUGUUUUAAAAAGAUCGUUUAUCGCAAACGCUCCAAAGCGCGGAUCGUUCGUCCGAAUCCAUCCGUGGCACGUUGCGUCUGAAGGGGGACUGUUUCGCGAGAGCGCGGAAAGCUACACCGAAGCGCCGGAUCUACUUUCUGUGUGCUGGGUGAAUGGAGGCGCAGCUCUUCCUGGUGAACAAACACUGACAACUAUAGGGCAGCCGAGCCCAGCGAUACCCGCUUCCCAGAACGGCCACACACACCUUCUCCUUCACCCCCAAAACAACCCUAAACAUGGCUGCUGAGCGUAAACACGUCGCGCAGCUGAAAUCGGAACUGUACUUCCUAAUAGCCCGAUUUUUAGAAGCGGGACCUUGUCAGAACGCGGCAGAGACCUUGAUACGGGAGGUUCAAGAGAAGGAGUUGCUGCCCAAAAGAAUCGACUGGACUGGCAAAGAACACCCAGGGAGUUACGAAAAUUUGGUCAAAUUGUACAGUCACAUUUCUCCAGAUCACCUGUUACAGGUGUGUGAACGAGUGAGCCCUCUUUUAGAUAGGGAAGUGCCAGCCAGCGUACCGGGUGUUAACUCGCUGCUGGGAGCUGGACGUCAGUCUGUGUUGCGUACCAACAAGAGUUGUAAGCACGUGGUAUGGAAAGGGUCUGCCCUCGCAGCCCUGCAUUGUGGCAGGCCACCCGAGCCGCCAAUCAUCUACGGAAGCCCACCCAGUAUUGUGGAGACAAUAAACAGUCGGAGGCUGAAUGGCUCUUAUCGGUUGGGUCAGCUGGUGCCUACAGCUGUUUACCAACAUAUGAAGAUGCACAAGAGAAUUCUGGGACACCUGUCAUCAGUGUACUGUGUCACCUUCGAUCGCACUGGCCGCCGCAUCUUCACAGGUUCGGACGACUGCUUGGUGAAAAUCUGGGCGACGGACAACGGGCGUUUGCUGGCGACACUAAGAGGUCACGCAGCAGAGAUUUCCGACAUGGCUGUGAAUUAUGAGAACACACUGCUGGCGGCCGGCAGCUGUGAUAAAAUGAUCAGAGUGUGGUGCUUGCAGACCGCGGCCCCGCUGGCGGUACUAGAGGGCCACGCGGCAUCCAUCACCUCGCUACAGUUUUCUCCGCUUUGCAGUGGCAAUAAGAGGUUCCUGUCAUCCACUGGAGCUGACGGCACCAUCUGUUUCUGGCAGUGGGACGCACGCACACUCAAAUUCGGGCAGCGGCCUAGUAAAUUUAUCGAGCGACCCAGACCGGGUGUCCAGAUGAUCUGUUCCUCUUUCAGUGCAGGCGGGAUGUUCCUGGCGACAGGCAGCACUGAUCACAUCAUUAGGGUUUAUUACUUUGGAGGUGGACAACCAGAGAAGAUAUCUGAACUGGAGUCUCAUACUGAUAAAGUCGACAGCAUCCAGUUCUCCCAUGGUGGAGACAGGUUUGUGAGUGGCAGUCGAGAUGGUACGGCUCGGAUAUGGCAGCUGCAGCAACAAGACUGGAGGAGUAUUUUACUGGACAUGGCCACCAAACUACCUGGCAAGUACAAUCCGCCUCCCUUAGAGGACAAAGUGACCAAACUCAAGGUCACCAUGGUGGCGUGGGAUUGCCAUGACAACACAGUCAUCACGGCUGCCAACAACCUGACGUUGAAAGUGUGGAACUCCUACACGGGACAUCUCAUUCAUGUCCUGAUGGGGCACGAGGACGAGGUGUUUGUGCUGGAGCCACAUCCUUUUGAUUCCAGAGUGCUGUUCUCUGCCGGGCAUGAUGGGAAUGCCAUUGUGUGGGAUUUGGGAAGAGGAGUCAAAAUACGUUCUUUUUUCAACAUGAUCGAAGGUCAGGGUCACGGCGCAGUGUUUGACUGUAAAUGUUCUCCAGACGGGCAGCACUUUGCUUGCACAGACUCACAUGGUCACCUGCUCAUCUUUGGCUUUGGGUCUAGCAGCAGAUAUGACAAGAUCGCAGAUCAGAUGUUCUUCCACACCGAUUACCGGCCGCUGAUCCGUGACGCCCAUAACUUCGUCCUGGACGAACAGACCCAGCAGGCGCCCCACCUCAUGCCCCCGCCCUUCCUGGUCGACGUGGACGGGAACCCUCACCAUCCGCGCUUCCAGAGGCUGGUUCCCGGCAGAGAGAACUGCAGAGAGGAGCAACUUAUACCCCAGAUGGGCCUCACGUCGUCGGGGCUGAAUCAGGUGGUUAGUCAGCAGGCUGCAGAAGGUUCUAGUCCUCUUGAUAGUAUGAUUCAGAGACUGCAGCAAGAGCAGGACCAGAGGCUGGGCUCUGACGGGAGAUCCAACAGAGGAUCGGUCAGUUCCCCCACAGAGGUCUCUUCUCCACCUAACGUGGGACUCAGACGCAGCGGUCAGAUCGAAGGCGUUCGUCAGAUGCACAGUAACGCCCCCCGCAGUCAGAUCGCCACCGAGAGAGACCUGGUGGCCUGGAGCCGAAGGGUCCUCGUACCCGAACUAUCACCAGCCGUUGCCUGUAAGCGGGAGGUGUGGCGUACGGCUAAAGGAGAGGAGGAGAUCAACAUCUACAGAUCUGAGAGGAGGAGACGCAGCAUACACAGCCAGUACCACAGAGAAAACCGGCACGCUGUGGAAAAUUCCACAGAGGAGGGGCGGCGUCACCAGGGCAACCAGCACAACUACCACACGCGCCUGGCGGUGGAGGAGACGAGUCGUCAGAGUGAACCCAAUGAAGAGGAGCACAGCGCAUCAGAGGUGCUAACAGAUGGAGAGGCAGAUCAAAGACCUCCGAGCAGAGAGUCGUCAGAUGAGGAGAGAGAAGUAAAAGAACCCUGGCCUGAUGAUAACAGCAGCUCCAGCGACUACUCCAGCGAUUACUCCGACUGGACGGCAGAUGCCGGUAUUAACCUUGAACCGCCCAAGAAGACCAGCGUGAAGAAAAAGAAGAAGAAUGCCAGCAGCUCAGAGGAGGAUAGAGAGAAGAAGAAAGACUCCAAGAAGGACAGGAGGAAAGAAAAGCAAGACAAAGAUGAAGUGCUACCAAAGAAGAAGACGCCAAAGGAAAAGCGGAAGAGGAUACCUGAACUCCAGAACCAGGGUUUGACAUUAGAGGAAUGGUUACCAUCUCCCUGGAUCACCGACACCAUGCCACGAAGAUGCCCUUUCACCCCACAGAUGGGCGAUGAGCUAUAUUAUUUUCGUCAAGGCCAUGAAGCUUACGUGGAGAUGGCAAAGAAAAACAAGAUCUUCAGUAUAAAUCCUAAAAAACAGCCCUGGCACAAGCUGGAGCUCAGGGAGCAGGAGCUGUUGAAAAUCGUUGGCAUUAAAUAUGAGGUUGGUUUGCCUACCCUGUGCUGUCUGAAGAUGGCCUUCCUGGAUCCGGACAGCGGCAAAUUAACGGGCGGCUCUUUCUCCAUGAAAUACCAUGACAUGCCUGACGUCAUUGAUUUCCUGGUACUCCGUCAGCAGUUCGAUAACGCAAGACAGAGGAACUGGAUGAUAGGUGACCGUUUCCGGUCGGUGAUAGAUGACGCUUGGUGGUUCGGUACGAUCGAGAGUCAGGAGCCUUAUCAAGCUGAAUAUCCAGACUCUCUGUUCCAAUGCUACAACGUCUGUUGGGAUAAUGGGGACACAGAAAAGAUGAGCCCAUGGGAUAUGGAGGACAUUCCCAAUGAAGCAGUGUUUCCAGAUGAAUUGGGUCUAAGUGUUCCUCUAACUGAAGAAGAGCAGAAGGCAUUACUGCACAAGCCCCUUGAAGGAGAGUGGGGCACACGUACACGGGAUGAAGAAUGUGAACGCAUCAUCAGGGGCAUCAACCAGCUUUGCACUUUGGAUGUGGCUACACCGUUUGAAUUGCCUGUCGACUUGCAGGCAUAUCCAACAUACUGCACUGUGGUUGCUUACGUCACAGAUCUGAGCACUAUACGACAGAGACUGGAAAACCGUUUUUACAGGCGAAUGUCGUCACUGAUGUGGGAGGUACGUUACAUUGAACACAACGCUCAAACCUUCAAUGAACCAGGUGCGUUCAUUGUCCGAACUGCCAAAUUCGUGUCAGACCUAUUGCUGCAAUUUAUCAAGGACCAAAGUUGUACAGACAUUAUUCCGCUCUAUAACAGUAUGAAGAAAAACGCUUUCUCAGAUUCAAGUGAUGAUGAAGACGAAGAUGAGGAUGAGGAGCAUGAGGCACCCUGUACGUCUACCCGCAAUAAGAAGAGCCAGCAACAGCCCAUCCUGAGGAGUCUGCGGAGUAAGCCGUCCUCAGACCCGCAGGCCUGGAAGGGGCGCUGUAGAGAACUGCUGGAGCUCAUCUUUCAGUGUGAAGAUUCAGAGCCUUUCAGACAACCUGUGGAUCUGGAAGAGUAUCCGGACUACUUAGACAUUGUGGAGACUCCUAUGGACUUUGAAACAGUUUUGAACCGUCUGUUAGCGGGAGAGUAUGACACACCCAUGGAUCUUUGUAUAGAUGUACGUCUCAUCUUCAGCAACUCCAAAGCUUACACACCCAGCAAAAAGUCCAGGAUCUAUAGCAUGAGUCUGCGGCUAUCUGCUCUGUUUGAAGAGCAUAUCGGUUCAAUCUUGACUGUAUUCAAAGCUGCUCAAAGUCUGCAGAGCAAGCGGUUCACUCGACAGCGCCUGCACACGAAGCGAUUGACCAGACAGUCUGUGAAGAGGAGGAGGAGCUCAUCUCCUUCAAGUUCCGCAUCUAGUCCGGAAAGGAAGAGGCGGGUCUCCUCCCGUGCUCCGCCCCAAUCUGACAAUGCAACUCCACCCAAUCCCGCUGGACCUUCCCGACCUCCAUCAUUACGACAAACGCUUCCGCAAAUCAACGGAAAGGCGGAGACUCCUGCUGCCCCUGGACGGACACGUAGCUCUGCCCGUUUCGGACCCCAAAUCCCAGAACCCCAAGCUGCGCAGUCAGCUCCUCCUCCACCCACCCACAGCAAAGCAACAGAGCCCUCAUCCAGAGUUCUGCGCACUCAAAACUCUCACUCCAUUAAUGCCUCCAAAGAGCCCGAGACCUCUGCCACCUCCCAUAGCAAUGAGGGCGGAGCCAGAGAGUCACGGAGGAAGCUUCGGACACCUGUUAAACUCACAUCAGCUCCAGUUGAUCGCAGCUCUCCUCAGAACAGCGUGCAUCUGAAUGGCCACACGAGUCAAGUGACUAUGGGAGAAGUAAGAAGGGGGCGGGGCAGACCCCGAUUAGAAGCAGAGAUAAGGACCGUGGUAGAGCCAGUCCCCUCACCCCCACCCUCUGCCAAAAAGAGAGGGAGGAAAAGCAAGAAAGAGCUUGAGGCCCUACAAAGAAACUCCUCCCAUGAGGAGGAGCUUGCUCUGUCUACUGGUGAUGAGGGCGGGGCUUCUUCUACAGCCCUGGACAGCAGCCUUUCUGAUUCAGGUGUGGUCACUCCGGAGAACCAUAGACCACGAGGAAGGCCACGACUGAUGAAAACAACCGAGCCACCCCCACAUACUCCAGCUCCGUCGAGCCCCAAAACACUUAGAAGGAGCAGUCGACGAGGCCAGGAAGAGGCCACGCCCCCCACCCCUGGCCCCGCAUUGAGGGAGGAGCCAGACAUUUACACAGGGGAUGAUAGUAGCUCGAAAGGAGCAAUGAGAACGCGUAACCAGGGCCGAAGGACAGCCUUCUAUAACGAGGAAGACUCUGAGGAAGAACAGAGACAGCUUUUGUUUGAGGAUGCCUCCAUUACGUUUGGCACGUCGAGCAAGGGAAGAGUCCGCAAGCUCACCGAAAAGGCCAAAGCCAACCUCAUCGGCUGGUAACCAGGCCAACUUUGUAUGUCCAUUGUGACAUAAGCCCUAUCCCGCCCCACUGUUACAUCACAUUACAUUGGGGAGGGGAAGCAUUCCUGCUGCUAUUAGACUGUCGUGAUUAUCUGAAUCUUUGAUUCGGACUCUAAAUGGAUUCUUAGAUUUUGAAUCAUUGUCUUUUAGGGUGACUUUACUGGGCAUUUUCUGUCCUCGAAAGGGUCACCGCCCCUUAUCAAAGCCCCCCCACACCUUUUACAUUUCUUUCACAGAAAAACCACAAAUGCAGUUAAGUACUGAUUAUCAUAUGCACUAUUUGAAUGCCAGUGAAGAUAGUUACGUAGACAGUCUUAUACGAAUCCAAAUACCUGAUUUCAUCUCUCAAGAAAGCACUUAUUUGAGAGUGGUUGAGUGUAUAUGUGUGUGUGCGAAAACUUAAGCUCGUACUCUGUUUUGUCUCCUUUAUUGUUAAUUUCAUGCGUUGUUUUUACACGGAUGUUGCUAAGAGAAACAAAUCAAACACUUCUUCAAAAAAAUCUAUUUUUACCAGAAUGUUCAGAGUGCUUGUGUUAGUGGCUGUGGAGCGAGAUUGGAGUGCAGAGAGAAGGACCACAUGAGAUGCUUUCUUCUGUUUCGUCUAUCAAUGUCUUUCUCUGUACGUAAAAAAAACAGAUCAGUGGCAGUGAUGAUUCUCGCAUGUUUUUAUAUAAUUAGCAAUACCUUGUGCCUUUUCAUACUAUCAAUACAUCAUGGUUCCUUACUCCCAGUGUGUGUGUGUGUGCGACUGUGUGUGUGUGCGUGCUUGCAUUUGAUGCUUCAGUGUAUUGAUUCAUUCAGUACAAAUGUGUGUAAGUGAUCUGUUGCUGGGGUAAAGAUUAGUGAGCAUCAUAUAUUCCCACUAGUUCAUGCCAUUUGCAGUUUUUGAAGUAUGUAAUAAUAGUGACAUCUUCCCUCUGCGCCCAUUAUAAAGACAGUGCUGCUAUGAUUUUUGGGUUUCCCAGAAUGCACUGUGAUCCCACGUAUAUCUCUAAUGAUGACUCGAAAAGUAUUUGGACACUUUUUAAAUGUAAUUUUUUUAAGGUAUUUUAAGGUAUUACUUCACUUGAUUUUUGGUCCCAAGAUUUUAUUACUCUUGACGAAAUCAACAGAUUUGAUGUGAUUUAUGUGUAGUUAUUGAUAGCAGUGUAUAGUUCAUCCCGAAAAAGUGGUAUUUGUUUUUUUUUAGUUGCACUGGUAGUCCUGAAGUGUCCUGGAUGUUACGACAUGUUUUUUCACACACAUGCAGAGAAAUGCCCAAUAAAAAUUUGUUUAACAAUAGAUUUGAAUUACAUUUUCUUUCACCAAACCGGCACGUGUUCUUUCAGGACACUUGAAAUAACUUAUUUUAUAAUGCAUUUGUGUCCUUUUGAAGCUGGAGAAAAGGAUCCCAAUUAACUUCUCUCUUAACCAGAAAACCUCAAAGGCCACUUUUUUUAAAUAUGCAAUUUGUCUUUAAUGUAUAGUGAAUACAUUUUCAAAACCAUUAUACGGAAAACUUUUGCAUUAGCAUUUUUAGUUUGUGUUGGAUUAUGAUUGAAUAGAAACGUUCCCAAAUUAGUGUGUAUUGUUUUCUGACAGACAUUAAAAAUGUAAAAAUAUUACAGAAUCAUAGUACAUUAUUGUGAUAUAUUAUAUUGCGGUAGGCAUAAUAUAAUAUAUCAACCCAGUCCUACACAUGUGGACAUGUUCCUCCAGGUUUGAGAACCAAAAAGUGUCCAAAUACUUUUUGAGCCCACGGUACACUCCUAAAAACCACUAUUAAUAGAUUUGUGACCCUGCCUGUGAAAACCAAAGCUUUUGUAUUUUACUGUUUCUACAUAAAAUUAUCCUACAUAUUGUAAAUUACAUUCUGUAGAAAUAUAACCGUUGUCUUUGAAAAAUCAUAGUUGUUAAAAAAUUUUAAAUGUUAUCUUACAGUUAGAUUAUGAGACUUAAGCCUGGUUUUCAAAAGCAGGGUCAUGUUUUAAUGCAUAUAUAGAAGACUGCGUGGGCUUAUUGUUUCAAUAUUUUACCAUUUAGCCAUACAACAUGACUCUUUCUCUGUAAUUUGGUCAAAUUGUGAAUUACUGUAGAACUGCACAUUUCGUCAGAAAGAGGAUCACAUUGACACACUGUUGGAUAUUUUACGUUCUCUUAAGAAGAACACUUUCAUCUGAUGCAUUGACAGGGCAGCGAAUGACACAAGAGGCAGUAUGCAUGUCGUAUUCUGUGUUUUGAAUGUGCCUUGACUUUUUGUGUGUAUGUACAUGUGUAAGCAAAGAGAAUAUGUUUGGUAUUGUGUCCCACUUCUGUGUCCGGACCCCUAUAUAUAAAAAUGAAAUACAUAUAUCAUAUAGUCUCUUUUUAUAAGGGAUGUGGAUAGAUGGAUGACAUUCAGCCGGGUUUGUUGCCAAGUGAAAUGUUCUUACAUAUUCUCAGCAGUUGUGGUCUGGGUCAUUCAUAUAUUUAAAGUGAACAGAACUAAUCCGGCCCAUUGCUUUAAAACUGGUUCAUGAACCAAAGCCUAUUGAAUGUGUGUGGUUGGGGUGUUGAAGUAUGCAGCUGUGAAUAUAUGCAGUGAAUGCAUGUCUGCGUGAUUUUAAAAUCUGUAUGCGUGUGUUUAUGUACAUGCCCCAUUGAGCUAGUGUUUAUAAUCUGUUGCUACAUGAAAACUGUAUUAUAUCAGAUUCAUGACCCCUCUGUUAUUACCAUACUGAACAGGAAGUGUCGCAGACAUUAAUGGAUUAUAAAAAGAUGUUGGACGGGCUUUUAGAAAGGAGAUCAAAGAUGGAUGCAUGUUAGUAUAUUCUCUGGUCUUUUAAAUCUGAAGGUACGAUCACGUCGUGGGAUCGGGGUCUUGUUUUUCCUUAUGCGGUCUUGUAUCCUCAGACUGUGAGAGGUCUUUCUAUGUUAGUUUGUAUACUUUUAUAUAAAGGAAAGUGUAAAUAAAAACGUUAAAUAGAAUGUGUGUGUAGGGUGUACUGCUGUCACAUUAGUUCAUACUGAUAUUUUAAGGAAAUAAACAUUUGUGUUUGCA